GAACGGUCCACAUGCGUUCAACAGCGGCACCGGAAGGACUUCAAGGUUGCACAACGUUGUGUUACAUGACCUAGCCAAGAUACGUUUGAUAAGAUAACAGUUUCGGUCUUUUCUGACCUAAGAUGACCAGCUGUCCGAGAUGUCUACCACAGCAGGACGAGUCUUCACCGCUCUGACACGAGCUGCUUUCAAUCGAGGGAUAUUUGUCGAUAACGCCGCAGCGGCCGCGAGCAGACUGAACAGUGUGCGGUCUCUAACUCUGAGCUCUCGGAGUUCGGCUAAGUCCAGAGAUGGCGAGGAAGAGGUUAACGAUGAGCCCAUUAAGUUCUCCACCAGUAAAGCCAGUCACAGAACCUGGAGAGUUGACCGCUCCAUGGGGAGCCAGUUUGAGCGGCCGUGGUGGAAAGUCCUCCCCAUCAGCCUGGUGUUCACCGGCCUCCUGCUGUGGUGCAUCCUGAGAGGUCAGACGGACAUUGACGCACAGCUGGAGAAGCAGCUGUAUGACCAUUUACCCGGGUUGCUUUCAGAUGAAGAGGAGGAAGAAGUUAAAAAUAAAUCAAGUUAACAGAUGUGGGACUUAAGAUGUGUAUAUAGUUAAAAGUUUUAUUUAUAAUGAAAUGUCUGUGGUAUUUCAGGCUGUCAGCUAACUCAUUGCUCUGACAACACUGAAGCAGCAAUGAAACCGUCCAGUGACGUGGAUUUUUUUUUUUUUCUCAGCAAAAAAUGAAUUAUAGAUUGUGUUAGACCAAACAUUGCCUUUUAUGAAGUUUCAGUUGAGUGCUUGGUCACAUGUGGAUUAAAAUGCCUUGAUUUAAGCUGA